CGUAGACUACAGUGACGUCACCAAGGCGACACGUGCUCCGUAAGCGGUUAUCUGUUAGCUGUUAGCUCUGUUCCGGUACCGUAACUCUCCAGAUCAACCAGCGGGAGCAUGUCUGCCGCCGGGCCGCAGGGCAGGAAGAGGCUGCUGAAGGACGAGGACAUGACCAAGGUGGAGUUCGAGACCAGCGAGGAGGUGGACGUCACCCCUACCUUCGACACCAUGGGCCUGCGGGAGGACCUGCUGCGCGGCGUCUACGCCUACGGUUUCGAGAAGCCGUCGGCCAUCCAGCAGCGAGCCAUCAAGCAGAUCAUCAAGGGCCGGGAUGUCAUUGCCCAGUCUCAGUCUGGAACCGGAAAGACCGCUACCUUCUGUAUCUCAGUCCUGCAGUGUCUCGACAUCCAGGUGAGAGAGACUCAGGCCCUGAUCCUCGCCCCGACCAGAGAACUGGCCGGACAGAUCCAGAAGGUGCUGCUGGCUCUUGGUGACUACAUGAAUGUCCAGUGUCACUCCUGUAUCGGAGGCACCAACGUGGGGGAGGACAUCCGCAAACUGGACUACGGUCAGCACGUGGUGGCGGGGACGCCCGGCCGCGUGUUCGACAUGAUCCGCCGCCGCAGCCUCAGGACCAGAGCCAUCAAGAUGCUGGUGCUGGACGAAGCUGACGAGAUGCUCAACAAAGGUUUCAAGGAGCAGAUCUACGACGUGUACCGCUACCUGCCCCCGGCCACCCAGGUGGUUCUGAUCAGCGCCACGCUGCCCCACGAGAUCCUGGAGAUGACCAACAAGUUCAUGACCGACCCCAUCCGCAUCCUGGUCAAACGUGACGAGCUGACUCUGGAGGGGAUCAAGCAGUUCUUCGUGGCGGUGGAGAGAGAGGAGUGGAAGUUCGACACGCUGUGUGACCUGUACGACACCCUGACCAUCACCCAGGCCGUGAUCUUCUGCAACACCAAGAGGAAGGUGGACUGGCUGACGGAGAAGAUGAGGGAGGCCAACUUCACGGUGUCGUCCAUGCACGGAGACAUGCCCCAGAAGGAGAGGGAGUCCAUCAUGAAGGAGUUCCGCUCCGGAGCCAGUCGGGUUCUGAUCUCCACCGACGUCUGGGCCCGAGGUCUGGACGUCCCCCAGGUGUCUCUGAUCAUCAACUACGACCUGCCCAACAACAGAGAGCUGUACAUCCACAGGAUUGGUCGGUCCGGUCGCUACGGCAGGAAGGGCGUGGCCAUCAACUUUGUGAAGAACGACGACAUCAGGAUCCUGCGGGACAUCGAGCAGUACUACUCCACCCAGAUCGACGAGAUGCCCAUGAACGUGGCCGACCUGAUCUGACCUGAUGACAUCACUCUGAAGCCCCGCCCCCCCUGCUUCCUGUUAGUUUUAAUUCUUUAGAUUUUUUUUUUAAGCCGUUGAAGUGAAUUUGACUGUCAGAAGUGUUUUUGUAAAUAAAGCUGUUUUGGUUCAA